CAAUUUUAACAACGGUAACAACUCUUAACUCUUGGAUUUCAACAUCAGAAGAUAAUAAUCGUCAUGCAUCAUCAUUUGCAUGCGCUGAAAAUUCUCCUCAUGAACUGCAGUGCAAUGCAACUCAUGUCUGGAACGCUGGGCCGCCAAGACAGGAUCAGGAUGACACUGCACUCUUUGGGUUUAUAUAUGUGUUGCAUUACCCUUCAGGAAACACUGGAUUCGGAGACUGCAUACCGAACACAGGUCGGAAGUCGUAGGUAUAUAGCGCAAAGUCAAAGACGAGCGAAAGCAACUCCCAGCAUGGUACUGUCGAAGGUAUGGAAGCUAUCACGACGUCCUGUAGGGCUGCCGGCGAUUAGAGACUUCACUCUGGUUGAGGAGCAGGUUCCGCCUUGUCAAGCAGGAGACGUAAUUGUCCAGGCAGAGUGUCUCAGUGUUGAUCCAUACAUGAGGAAUAAGGCGAAGAUUUUACCUCUUGGUUCCACUAUGGACGGGGGUCAAGUAGCACGCGUCAUCGAGAGCAAGAACGCAGAGUGGCCCGUCGGUUCCUUCAUGGUCACGCAAGCCGGGUGGCGCUGCACAACCCAUUUAUCGCUGGAGAAGCUGCAGACGACGGACUUUUGGCAGAAGUCCCUCCAGCUGCCUGACAUGAGAGGCUUGCCCAUGAGUCUCGGCCUCGGAACGCUUGGGAUGCCCGGGAAUUCGGCCUUGUUCGGGCUGACGGAGAUCUUGCGCCCGGUGGCCGGCGAGACGGUGCUGGUGAGCGGGGCGGCGGGCGCCGUGGGCAGCGUCGUGGUGCAGAUCGCCAAGAUCAAAGGUUGCAAAGUCAUCGGCUUUGCAGGGGCAGACGAUAAGGUCGACUGGCUCAGGGAAAUCGGGGCCGAUCACGCCUUUAACUACAAGAAGGUCAAAGUAGGUGAGGCGCUCCGUCAGGCUGCUCCGGAGAAGAUUAAUUGUUAUUUCGACAAUGUCGGAGGAAGCUUCACUGCGUCUGUUAUGCCCCACAUGGCCUUCGGCGGGAGAGUGGCUGUGUGUGGUGCCAUUUCCGGGUAUAACAAGCAAGAGGAGGAGGAAGAGGGCGCCAUGACAGGUUGCUUUAAGGAUUCCGAUGUGCUGUGGAAUUGUCUGCGCAUUCGAGGCUUCAUGUUUUUCGAAUUCGCUGACCGUUGGAUGGAAGGCUUGGAACAGCUGAGGGACUGGGUCUUGGAGGGAAAAAUUAAGUAUAAGGAGCAUGUCGUUAAUGGCUUUGAGAAAAUGCCUGACACUUUUAUCGGUGUUUUGAAAGGAGAGUACCGAGGAAAAGCCAUUAUAACGCCAUAGAUUGUGUUGUCUUUCUUUGUAAUAACAUCUUUGUAAAUUCUGAGAAUUCGCAAGAUGCAUUGUGGUUCCAGUAGAAUUUAGUAGAAUCCAGUAGAAUUUCCUCUCUCUCACUCUCUCUUUCUCAUUUUUCUCUCCUCCCGUCUCUCUCUCUCUCUCUCU